AUGGGCAACAGUUCUCCCGUGGGCGUGUCGAUCUUCGGCAUCGACACGCGUCAACUCAACCAACUCCGCAUCGGUUUUGGUGGGGUUAAAGGAUUCCAUGAUCCCCAGCCCAACACUCCUACUUCCCAAGGCUUCUCAGCUCUGGUCCUCGCCCAUAAUAGUCGUAUAUAUGCGUAUAAGUGUCCAGAAGAGGUCUUGGAGGCUGUUCGGAGAGCUGUCGAUAAGAGUCUCAUUAAGAAAGAUAAGAAAUGUAGUAAGGCUGAUGGCUUGCACGAAUUUGAAUUCAAUAAGUGGAUCUGGGCGGCCCAUGGGCAGAGCACAGUGGAUGUGAGAAGAUAUGCUGUGAACAUCGUGGAGAGCUUGAGGGAAGCUGGUUGGGGUAUUUUGGAUGAUAUUGAUAUGUCCAGGCCAUUUUUCGUGCAAGUUUGGGUGCUUCAUAAAAUUGAUCAGAUGUCAGUUCGUAGUCCCCGGAGGGAUAUCCUCAUCGGCCUUCAUGACAAAAACGACUUACGUGUUGUUAUGAGUCCUCAGGAAGAGCCUAAUCAGCAGUAUACGGUUCAAGAGGCUGUGAGGCAAGGUAUUGUGAAUUCAUGGCAAAUCAGCAGUGAAACUGACUACAGUGGGGCUUAUCAAUUCCAGCUGGCUGGCUCCCCCUUCUCUGCUGGUGAAAACCGCACAGUCCCGGCUAGACAGACUCUUCUGGGUGUCCUUACGGAACUGGAACGAAAGGCUGGGUAUAGGCACUAUAGGAGUCUGAUGUUGUCUAUGAACCUAGGCUGUAAGUCGAGCCUGCUGCUACGUAUACCACCUCCUGAUGCUCCGAAGGAUAGGGGAACCUAUGUGGGUAUGCAUCUUGAUGGUGGCGGUAUUAUAAGGAUAUUCCCGAGCCCAGGAGAAUUCCUGGAUCCCUUCUUACAGCAGGAAUUGGGGUUGGUUAUUGGGCAGAGUUGGAGCCGUGGGAUCAAGUUGGAGGAAGGUCGUGAUAAUGCUUAUGGAUGGGAACUGAAUGGUCACCCUUGGGAGACGCAGUACGAAGAUAUGGUUGAGGUGAAUAUUUUAAUGGGGAAAAUACUGCAAAAGAUGUGGUCGCUGGGAUUUGAACUCAUGCCCAAGGUUGCCUUCACUGGUAGGCUUGCCGAGACCUCCUUUAUGAUCUUCCGUAAGCCUAGCGGAGCGAUGAGGAAGGCAGAAGAACCGGUCCUCUGUAUAUCCUUUAAUAACAUCGAUAAGGUUAGGAUAUGUUCCCCCGACGACGCUCUGGUUGCAGAGUUACAGCCUAGGAUUCGCAUGGCUUUUUGCCCACCAGAGUUCCCUAUCGAGGCGGUCCAAGACCUGGGCAGUUACGGCAGGUCAGCUCAGUUCCAGCUGGUUAAGUCUCCCUUCCACACGUGGAUGCCUGGGCCUAAGACCACUAUGUACGCGACAGCUGUUCUGCUCACUGUUGUCAACAUUAUGGCCGAGUUGGGGUGGCACUUGAAGACAUCGCUGGACCUCUCGAGCCUAUGUAUCUUCACCGAUAACAGUAAGUACAGGGAGGAACUCUCUUCUCUUUAUUUCACAAGGAAGUGA